ACAAGCCCAACCCAACCGUGCGAAGGGGGGAGAGAAGUGGAGGAGGCAAAAACCCUCCAUCCGCCACCGACCACUGCUCUCGCCGGCGACUGAUCUCAGAAGAAGGACAAACAUAUCGCUCUAUUAUUUCACAUGUUAGAGCAGGAAAUGAAUGCCAACAAACUGAUGCAUAGCAAACUGGAAGCAAUGAAACCUAUCCAACCUGAAGAUUUUGAAUCAAUGAAGAAAAUUAUUGAACGACAGAGAGAGGAUCUAGAAACCAUGGAAUCAUUAAUUGAGGAUCUCACUAGAGCCAAUGAUGAGCUGCAGCUUGCUCGGAAUGAACUCUUUACCAAGGAAGGGAAUGCUGAGAAGCUUCAAUUAGAAAUAAAACAGCUGAAUACCAACCUGGAAGCAAUGAAACAUAUCCAAUGGGAUGAAGGAUCUGAAUCAAUGAAGAAAAUUAUUGAACGACAGAGGGAGGAUAUAGAAGCCAUGGAGUCAUUGAGUCAGGUUCUCACUAUCAAGGAAGGGAUAGCUAAUGCUGAAUUGCAGCUUGCUCGGGAUGAACUCAUUAGCAAGGAAGUGAAUGCUGAGAAGCUUGAGUCAGAAAUAAAACAGCUGCAUAGCAAACUGGAAGCAGUGGAACACAUCCAGGCUGACCACAAGGAGGAACUAGAAAGAAUGGAGUUAUUAUCCGGGUCUCUUAUUACCAAGGAAAGGAAGGCCAAUGAUGAGUUGCAGCUUGCUCGGAAGGCACUAAUAUAUGGCAUGCUGGAUCGUACAAGUAAUCGAGCAAAUAUAAAUGUCAAGAGGAUGGGCGAGCUUGACCUGAAAUCACUUGAAAAUGCUUGCAAGCAGAGUUUGUCAAAACAUGAUAAGCUUCAUGUUGCAUUACUCUGUUCAAAAUUGCAGGAUGAGAUAGAAAACCCAGGAUGGUACCCUUUUGAAAUCAUCGAGGUUGACGGAAAUGCAAUGGAAGUUCUGUGUGAGGAUGAUGAGAAGCUUCGAGCUUUGAAAGAAGAACACGGGGAGGAAGUCUAUGCCCUGGUAACAAAAGCUCUGCGUGAACUUAAUGAGCAUAAUCCCAGUGGUCGCUAUCCUGUACCUGAGCUGUGGAACCGCAAGGAGAACCGGAAGGCAACUACGAAAGAAGCCGUCGAAUACAUCAUGAAGAAGUGGCCAAAGGGCAAGCUCAAGCGGAAGCGUGACUGGAGAGGCUUGAAGUAGAUAACUGGACAUGUUGCAAUGAAGAUCCUGGAAGUACUUAAUUAAACAUGUUAUUUUGGCCCGAACGCGUUAGAUUCCUGUGACUCGUAAUAAUGAGAUGGCAUCUGGUGGACUUAUAAGUUACAGCUAUGUUUAGUUGCAGGAGUGUUGUAGAACUCGUAUGAAUGCUUCUUAGUUAUCAUUGGUAGCCGGGUUUUCCCAGGUUGACAGUAAA